GUUCAUGGCUACUAAUUAAAAAAUAGAAACCCCCAAACCCCUAACACUACUACACAGUACGUACGUACUAUCAGAGAAAGGAUUUUGAACCCUAACUUUCUCCUUGGCUGAACAUCGUAACCCUCCUCCUCCCGCUGACACUGUUCAUCUCGGCGACCUCCUCUCUCCACCGGCGACGGCUUGUACGACCCUCCUCUCUACGCUGCUUAGGUAUGUUAUUCAUAUAUAUUUGCUUGUUCCUAUCAUAUCAUAUCUGCCUCUUGUCUUUCUUUAUAACGUGUACGUUUCAGGCUGGCUAUUAGAUAAGAUGAAAGCCAAAAGAAAUCCACACCUUGACAGCGCAGCCCGGCACGGCUGUGGUGCGGCGGCGAUAAUGGGAGGAGGGCUCUCUUCCAUUUUUCUGAAGAUGAAGAAGCAGUUUUGGUUGGCGGCGGCUACUAGGAUUAGUGAUUUGCCAGAUGAACUUCUCUGUCACAUUCUCUCAUUUCUUCCAAUUGAAGAUGUUUUCGCCGCAAGUCUCGUGUCGAAGAGGUGGAGAUCCCUCAGGUAUUCACUCCCCAAUCUCGACAUUAGCGAGGAUAGAUUUCUUGGACGGUGGCGAUCGUCUUAUUCCUUCAUACAACUCGUAAACGCCGCCAUUCUCGGCCGAGGAAUUCACCAACCCAUCAAAACGCUUUGUCUCAUUCUCGUGUCCCCAAUUUCCCAGACAUGGUUAAAAGCUGCAAGAGACCUCAAAGUUCACAACCUCGAAAUCUCUGUCCCCCUUGGAACCAACGUGCCCUGCACCGUUUUCACAAUCACAACUCUUGUUGUUCUUAAGUUGUGUAAUGCAACUGUUACUGAUGCAUUUUCUUCUCUUGUUGUUCACCUUCCCUCACUCAAAGUUCUGGAUUUGAACAGAAUCCAUUUUUUCAAGAGACAACAUUUUAUCGAGCUUCUUAAUGGGUGUGCUGCGUCUCUUGAAGAUUUUCAGGCAAAGGAUAUAUCUAUUUAUCAUUAUCAUCUUGACCCUUCAUAUAAGGGCAAAGUUACUACCAGUUUAUCAAAGUGUGUCAGAGCAAAUAUUUCUCUCGCGAAGAUGACAAAAUAUUUUCCAGGAUAUUAUUAUUAUUCUAUUAAUCUGAUUCUGGGCUUAGACAAGUUAGACACUCCUCUAUUUCCCAAUUUAAUUCACAUGGAGCUCAAAUUCGGAGGCCAAGUUGAUUGGAAAUUUGUGCUUGAUAUGCUCCAUCAUUGCCCUCAACUGCAAACAGUUGUCCUUCAAAACCUAUGUGACCUCUCUAUAGAGGUUUGGCCAAGCACAAAUGUUGUUCCUAAAUGCUUUUCUUCACAGCUCAGGACAUGCUGUCUUAAAAAUUGUACAGGCUCAAAACGUCAGGUUACAUUUGCCAAGUUUGUUAUGCAAAAUGCAACAUUGUUAUGUGCUUUGACAAUUUUCAGUUGGCCUGGCAUGCGUAAUAAGAGAAUUCUUCAAAUGAGAAAAGAAUUGGACUCAUGCCCAAGGAGCUCUGCAACCUGUGAUCUUCAAAUUAUUCAUGUUCCUAGAUGACUGCAUUUGUUUUUUUCUUUCUUAUAUAUAAAGAACUACAUAUAAUGUAUCUUGUGGUUUUGGUCUGUGAACUUUUAUUUAUGUAAUUUUUAUUCUCGUUAGUAGCUAUGAAAGUUAUUUAUUUCUAGAUGACUGCAUUUGUAUUUAGUACUUCAUAUAAUGUAUCUUUUGGUUUUGGUCCUUUUUGGAGGACAUUAACUUUUUGCCUCUGUAU